CCUGUCUAUAUCGCGCUCUGCCUGUCUCCAGUCUGACUGCCUUUCAUCUUCUUUCCCUCCUUUUAAUCAUUCUCUUUGUAGAGACAGAUGGUUCUUGCAGUCUUAGACAGAGGGCAAGAUGGCUCAGAACGAACGGGCCUUCCAAUCCUCAUUACCGCCGCAAAAUGACUCCGAUAUCAGUAUCGACAUUGCCGCGGCCGGCAGUCAGCCCGACUUCGAAUCACGACCGGGCGGGAUACGGCCGGAUCCAGGGGAAGAAGAGCUCUUCAAUAUCGAGGACAACCCGUUUGCUUUCAGCCCAGGCCACCUGUCCAAGCUGAUAGAGCCAAAGUCCGUCGCCGUCCUGCAGCAGUUAGGUUGGCUGCAGGGACUAGUAAAGGGCCUGCGGACCGACAUCCGGGCGGGUCUACAUAUCGGCAGCGAGGGCGAGGGUGACGGUGAUGGCGCGGACCGGCGACGUGUGUUUGGAGAAAACCGGCUGCCGGAACGCAAAUCGAAGUCGUUCCUGGAGUUGGCGUGGGUGGCGCUGCAGGACCGGAUGCUGAUCCUGCUGUGCGUGGCGGCCGUGGUCUCGCUCGCCCUGGGCCUGUACCGGACCUUCCAUGGCCACAGUGGCGCCGAGGGGGCGCGGGUGGAGUGGAUCGAGGGUGUGGCCAUUGUGGUUGCCGUUCUGGUCGUCGUCCUGGUCAGCGCGCUCAACGACUGGCAGAAGGAGUGGCAGUUCCGCAAGCUCAACCAGAAGAAAGAGGACCGAUCCGUGGCACUGGUCCGGUCCGGCAGGACGGCCAAGGUAUCAGUGCACGACGUGCUAGUGGGCGACGUCAUGGUCCUAGAGCAGGGCGACGUGAUCCCCGUCGAUGGGGUGCUGAUUGACGGCCACAGCGUCGGCUGCGACGAGUCGUCGGCGACGGGCGAGUCGGGCGUGGUCAGGAAGAUGCCGGCCGAGGCCGUCUCGCAGGCGUUCCGACGGGCUCACGAUGCAGACGCCAGGACGCUCGCCAAGAUGGACCCCUUCCUCCUCUCGGGCUCCCGGGUCCUGGACGGUGUUGGGACCUUCCUCGUGACGGCGGUCGGGCGGCAUUCCGUGCAUGGGCGGACCAGGAUGGCGCUCCGCACUGACCCCGGCAUGACACCGCUGCAGGCGAGGUUGAAUGUGCUCGCGGGGUACAUCGCCAAGCUCGGCAGCGGCGCCGGCCUGCUGCUCUUCACCGUGCUCUUCAUCGAGUUUCUUGCAAAGCUCCCUGGCAAUCCAGCCAGCGGCGACGAAAAGGGACAAACCUUCCUGCGAAUUCUCAUGACGGCCGUAACUAUCAUCGUGGUCGCCGUGCCCGAGGGCUUACCACUGGCCGUGACACUGUCCCUGGCAUUUGCCACCAAGAAGAUGACGAGGGAAAACAACCUGGUGAGACAUCUGCAGUCGUGCGAGACCAUGGGCAACGCGACGGUGAUCUGCUCCGACAAGACAGGAACACUGACCGAGAACGUCAUGACGGUGGUUGCGGGCAGUCUGGGUACGGGAGAAGGAGUCGUCACCUUUGGCGACGGGAGGAUUGCUAGCUCGGAGGGUUCUGACAGUGGUUAUGGGCCUCUUGAAAACAGGAGGAAAGCGACAGAGACCCAGGACGGCGGUGUAGAGACCCCGGGAUGGCCGGCGGGCGACGCAACAGAGCAGCCACAACGACCACAGCAAAAGAAGCAACACGAACAGCAGCAGCAACAACAGCAACAGCAAGAACAGCAGAAGACACAAAAGCAUCGACAACAACAAGAGUUUCUGGCGGCGACGAGCCCCGAGUUUCGAGAGCUCGUAAAGGAGUCAAUCGCCAUCAACACGACUGCCUUCGAGGGCCAAGACGAGAGAGGCAAGCUCGUCUUCGUUGGCACCAAGACCGAGACAGCGCUGCUGGAUUGGGCCAAGCGGGACCUGGAGCUGGGCCCGCUAUCGGCCGAGCGUGGUAAGCACCCACUAGUGCACCUCUUCCCGUUCAGCUCGCGGCGCAAGUGCAUGGGCUCCGUCAUCCAGCGGCCCCCCGGUUACGGCGAUGACGGCGGUGGCGGCGAUAACGGCGAGAAUGACGACUCCGGAUCCGGAGGGCGGGGGUACCGCCCACACCGAAAUCGAUACCGGCUGCUGGUCAAGGGGGCGCCCGAGGUGGUGCUGGAGAGGUGCAGCGCCGGUGUGGCCGACCCGGGCGGGGCCGGGCCGCUCCCGCGCUCGCCGCUCCGGGAACCCGAUAAGGCGCGCAUCGCCGAAACGGCGUCUCGGUAUGCGUCGCGGUCUCUCCGCACGCUCACCCUGGCCUUUCGCGACAUGGACGAGUGGCCCCCGCCGCGAACCGGUAACGGGGCUGGGAUUGGGAGACGGGGGAAUCAUGACGACGGAGUUGAUGGCGAUGACAACGGUGGCAGGGACGAGGAUUGGGCCGUUGAGCUUGACGACGUAUUCCGCGACAUGACGUGGAUUGCCCUGGUGGCCAUCCAGGACCCCGUGCGCGAGGGCGUGCCGGCGGCCGUGCUCGACUGCCGGCGGGCGUCGGUGGCGGUCAAGAUGGUGACUGGUGACAAGAUCGAGACGGCGCGGGCGAUUGCACUCGAGUGCGGCAUCCUCGCUCAAGAGGACGAAGGUGGUAAUGGGCAUGGACAAGAGCAUGCAGUGAUGGAGGGAGCGGAGUUCCGGCGGCUCGGCGAGGAGCAGAGGCGCGGCAUCGUCCGCGAGCUGCGGGUGCUGGCGCGGUCGAGUCCCGAGGACAAGCGGGUGCUGGUCGAGUCGCUGCGGUCGCUUGGCGAGGUGGUGGCCGUCACGGGAGAUGGGACCAACGAUGCGCCGGCGCUCAAGGCGGCCGACGUGGGCUUCUCGAUGGGCAUCAUGGGCACCGAGGUGGCCAAAGAGGCGUCGGACGUGAUCCUCAUGGACGACAACUUCUCGUCCAUCGUCAAGGCACUUGCCUGGGGACGGGCUAUCAACGACGCCGUCAAGAAGUUCCUCCAAUUCCAAAUCACGGUCAACAUCACGGCCGUGGUGCUGACCUUCGUCUCGGCCGUUGCCAGUGACCAGGAGCGCUCCGUCCUCAACGCCAUCCAGCUACUCUGGGUCAACCUCAUCAUGGACACUUUCGCCGCCCUCGCCCUGGCCAGUGACCCGCCCACCGGCAGCCUCCUGGACCGUGCCCCGGAGCCCCGGCUCGCGCCCCUCAUCAACCUAACCAUGUGGAAGAUGAUCCUGGGCCAGUGUGUGUACCAGCUAGCCGUCACCCUGACCCUGCACUUUGCCGGGCCGUCCCUGCUCCCGUCGUCCUACUCAGAGCCCCAGCAGCACACCCUCGUCUUCAACGUCUUCGUGUUCAUGCAGAUCUUCAAGCUCGUCAACAGCCGGCGCAUCGACAACCGGCUCAACAUCCUCGAGGGCUUGCACCGUAACCCGCUCUUCGUGUUCAUGAUGGCUGUCAUGGUGGCCGGCCAGGUCCUCAUCAUCUUCUUUGGCGGCGAUGCCUUCGUAGUCACCCGUCUGACCGGUCCUCAGUGGGCCAUUUCCCUCGUGCUCGGCUUCUUCUCCAUCCCCAUCGGUGUCCUCAUCCGCCUGCUCCCGGACCGGUGGAUCCGCGCCGGGGUGCGGUGGGCAGCUCGAAGGCUUCCCUCGUGGCGCCGCCGGAAGAACGCCGAAGACGAGGAGCGGGGACGGGUUGUCGGCGCCGCUGCAGAUACGGAUGCCCUCUGGGACGCCUACGCCGUCGAGGAUGCCGAAGCCGGUGGUGUCGGUCGAGAUUUCGGGAGCACCAUGUUCUCAGUGCGGGAUGACCUCGCCUUCCUGAAGCGGGUGCGCGGCGGGCGGAUGGCGGCGCUGGCCGAUGCCUUUGCAGUUGACCGAACCAAGAAGACUGAGGGCGAGCGGAAGCUCAGGCAGCGGAAGCGCUCUGGGUCGGCAAUGCGGUCGGCCGUCGGGGCGCCCGGUCUGCUGGCCGCCAGCAUCGGCGCCAUGUCGCCCGGCAACCGACCCCGUUCCGAGGCCCGUCAAAACAGUCAAUGGGGAUUAGAGCGUAGACUGCCUUGAUCAUGUCGUACCAGCGUUUUCGUGUCUAAAGAUAGGUUUAAAAUAAUCACAUUCAAAUCUGAAACUAUUAUUAAUUAA